CUCGCAGGACGCAGCGAACUGUCCCGGCUCCCCUCGAUGGUUCACCGCAGCCCGGAGGAGGGACAAACCUUCCACCGCUGCCCGGAAAUCAGCGCCCAGGAGCCGCUCACACAUUGACAGCACAGCUGGUGGGCAGCCAUGCUGAAGCCGGGCGACCCGAGCGGCUCGGCCUUCCUGAAGGUGGAUCCGUCCUACCUGCAGCACUGGCAGCAGCUCUUCCCUCAGGCUCAGCUGAAGGGUCCUCUGGCCCCGCCGCCGCCUCCACCUGACCGCCUCACCAUCCCUGUGGACAGCCUGCGGCCAUCCCGCCUGCACAGCCACCUCCUGGCAUCUACACACUGCACCUCCUCCUCAUCGUCCUCUUCUUCUACAUCCUCCUCAGCAGCUCAUUCUUCAGCAGCAGCAGCGGCGGCGGCGGCGGCAGCAGCAGCUCUCACCCCGUCUUCCUCCAUCCCCAUUUCCGCCUCCGCAGGGCUCUCACAGCUGCCCGUGCCCCAGCAGAUCGCACUCUUUGGCCAGGCGUUGGCUCCGGUGUGUGCCGGGCCUGCAGGUCCUGGAGGAGGAGGAGGACCAGGAGGAGGUGGAGGAGGAGAUCUGGUGGUUGUUGUCCCCCCGGAGAACCAGCAGGGUCACAACCCAGCAGCGGGGCUCCUCCAUCAGGCCAAAGAGCAGAGCUGUGGGGGGGUGGGGGUGGUGUCGUCCAGCGUAAAGAGCAGCAGCAGUGGAGGCGGCGAGGAGGGUGGGAAAGGAGCAACGACAAGGUUCAAACUGACGUCGGAGGAGCUGGACUACUACCUGUACGGACAGCAGAGGAUGGAGAUCAUCCCGCUGAGCAACCACACAGGAGAGCUCAACAACCGCUGUGACAUGUGUGCAGACAACAGGAACGGCGAGUGUCCGAUGCACGGCCCUCUCCACUCCCUGCGUCGACUCGUCGGCACCAGCAGCUCGGCGGCUCCCGUCACUCUGCCGGACGUCCCCGAUUGGCUCAGAGACCUGCCCAGAGAGGUGUGUCUGUGCACGAGUACAGUUCCCGGACUGGGUUACGGUAUCUGUGCGGCCCAGAGGAUCCCUCAGGGAACCUGGAUCGGCCCGUUCCAGGGAGUCCCUCUGCUGCUGGAUAAACUGCAGUCUGGAGCCGCCAAGAACACGCGACACCUGUGGGAGAUCUACGAUGCAGAGGGGACGUUACAGCACUUUAUCGACGGUAAUGAUCCCAGUAAAUCCAGCUGGAUGAGGUACAUCCGCUGUGCCAGACACUGUGGAGAGCAGAACAUGAUGGUUGUACAGUACAGGUCCUGCAUCUUCUACAGAGCGUGUGUGGAUAUCCCCCGGGGAACAGAGCUGCUGGUUUGGUACAAUGACUCCUACACCUCCUUCUUUGGCAUCCCGCUGCAGUGCGUCGCUCAGGACGAAAACUUAAACGUCCCGGCCACGGUGAUGGAGGCCAUGACCAGGCAGGAGUCCCUUCAGUCCUUCAGCAAGAACGGCAAACCCUCCUCGUCUUCCUCCUCUACCCCCUCCACCACCCUCCUGCGCUCCAUGGUGUUCCCCCACUCCCCCUGCUCAAGGAGCUUCUCCCUGUUGGACAAGGUGGGGGUCGGGGUUCAGUCGGACUCGAGUUUCGGCCAACUGGGGUCAAAGAACCAGCGAGUCCUCGCAAGCCCGACCUCCACCAGCCAGCUGAGCAGUGAGUUCAGCGACUGGCACCUGUGGAAGUGUGGCCAGUGCUUCAAAACCUUCACCCAGAGGAUCCUGCUGCAGAUGCACGUCUGUCCACAGAAUCCUGACAGACCGUACCAGUGUGGCCACUGCUCCCAGUCCUUCUCUCAGCCGUCAGAGUUGAGGAACCAUGUGGUGACGCACUCGAGCGACCGACCCUUCAAAUGUGGAUACUGCGGCCGGGCGUUCGCCGGUGCCACAACGCUCAACAACCACAUCCGCACGCACACCGGAGAGAAGCCGUUCAAGUGCGAGCGUUGCGACCGCAGCUUCACACAGGCCACUCAGCUCAGCCGCCACCAGCGACUUCCCAACGAGUGUAAACCAGUGAACGAAAGCAGCGAGUCCAUCGAGGUGGAUUAACCCCGACUGUUCCCUGACUGUUCCCCGACUGUUCCCCGACUGUUCCCCGACUGUUCCCCGACUGUUCCCUGACUGUUCCCUGACUGCUCCCCGACUGUUCCCCGACUGUUCCCUGACUGCUCCCCGACUGUUCCCCGACUGUUCCCUGACUGCUCCCCGACUGUUCCCUGACUGUUCCCUGACUAUUUAUUGUUGGCUGACUGCUGACUGACUGUCCACACUGUGCCGGCUGUUUCCGAGCAGAUAAACAUGAACACGUCGGCUUCACGUUUGACUUCAGACGUGCAGAAGACGUGUUUGUUUGUUCGAUCCACACUGACGCCGGGAACAGUUUUCAGUUUCUGGCUAACUUCAUGCAACGUCGGCUGAGACGACGUAGAUCAGAUCAGUAUCUGAUGGGACCGUGAGCUCCUGCUCACUGUGUCUCAGGCUGUUCCAUCGUCUCUGAGAACUCUCCACAGUCCUUCUGUGGACUUUGUCUCAGUCUAAUCUGUGAGAGCAGCGAGGGACGGAUGUGAAAACAGCUCAGAAAAACAAAUUCUGAGCUUCUGUAAACUGCAGCAGAUUCUGUGACGUGAUGAAGGUGAUGGUCUGUCGUCUCUAACUCACUCACUUUCCCCAGUGUCCUGGCGUCUCAGUGUGGACGUUCUUUAAGAGCGUCUUCAGAUGUACUCGGCUUAGUGUGGACGUAGUCUGACUGUUUACAGCUUUCUGACUUCACUGACUGACCGACCUCUGGAGAGGAGCCUCGUUAAAGCUGCUUUCAUCCUGCUGGAGAGAGUCCUGAUUCAACCAAACCAAAGAUCCUUUUUUUUCCAGCAGAGAAGCAGAUCUUUCAGACGGAGGAGUCAGAUUAACAAACACAGCUUUUGGGACGAGGAUAUUUAUUGGAGACAUCAUGUUUCCCUCCAAAGAAAACUCGUUCCUGAAACCGGGACAAAAACAGUGAAAUACCAAAAAAUUCAGACUGAUGGUCUGUCUCUAGCUUUACUUCUCGGUUUCUUUUUUUCUUUUUGCAACAGCGAUGCCAAAGGAGGGCGCGACCAAAGCAAACAGACUGAGAAUGCACAACGAGCGACAACACAAACGAGGACAACACUCGAGUUUUACAACACAAAACGAACAAAGUAAAAAGACAAGCAGUAUUGUAUUGUACAAAAAAAAAAGAAAAGAAAAAGAAGGGACAAAAGAAACAUAAAUUAUAUUUAUCUUCUCGCUCAUAUCAUGCUUCGGGCACUUUUGUUUUAAAAUGUUGAUUAUUUAAUUUUUGCAGCUCUGAUGUUUGAGGGAAAUCCUGAGAUGAUGGAUGUGAUUUCUUAUAGAAAUAUUCCCACAGUUCAUGAAGAAACGUGUUAAAUGUGUGUGAUGUCGACGCGGCACAGUUUAAAAACGCAGUUUACGUUUUUUUUUUUUUCCUCAUUUGGGAUUUAAAACAUUUUCAGGUUGAACAUUUCUGACUUUGUUUCUGCUCCGACAUGCGACAGGUGACAUCUGAUCACCUGAGGCACAAACGGUUUUGGUUUUGUCUCACAGAGUAUAUUUGCUACGCAAUGCAAGUUUGAAUCCAUUCAUGAGUAAUCUCAGAUGUGUAAAUAGUUCUGUGUCAUUACGAUACACUUUGUAUUAAACCGAGUGAGGGUAAAAGCACAGUUAUUACAUGAACACCAAAUAGGUUUUUGUGCCUGAGAGUUAAAAAAGCUUUAAUAAUGAUAAUAAUCUGAAAACUGUAACUUCUCUUCCCAAAGACCAACAGCGCAUCGACCCUGGUGGAUUUAAAUCUACAAACCAAAAGUCAAAGUUUCACUGCAGGAAAACUGUUUCACUUUUAUCACACAAGCGUCUGGAAGAGUUCACAAAUGACUGACCAGCAAUUUUGUCCAGUCUGAGGAGCCGUAGUCACUGAUGAGGAACAGCGGCUCGUCUUUAACAGCAAAUUAGAAAUAUCAUUUAUUCUCAUUGUAAACUGUUGGACAUUUCAGUGAGACUGAAAACGCUUUGACAGUUCUCUCAUGUCAAAGUCCAGUGUUUGUCUCAGACCUGGACUCAGACCUGCGGGUUUGCAGCACACGCCUCCGGCUCUUCAGGCUCUUACAGACGUUUCUGUGUCACUGAGAGUGAAACGGUUUUGUGCCUGAGACGUCUCUUUAUUCAAAACACAUAUUGAUCCACUGCUGUAAAUAAAAAAAUACAAGCUAUGGGAUUUUUAUACGACGGAUCAGUGGAGCUGAGGUGAAACAAUUUAAACACAAAUGUGAAUAUGAACCUGAUCAGUGAGCAAAUUCACUUUCUGUUCACGCGUCAGGAUCCAGAGGACGGACCUCAGGAACCACUGAGGUUCAACACAUCCGAGAGACCAACGGGACAAAAUGUCCAUCAGCUGCCUUUGGUUUAAGACAAACACAGCCUGAGACACGGGACAGGAAGUUUGACAGCAGAAAAUGUUUCAAAGUAAAACACUUUCAGUUUUUUAAAUACCAUGUGUAAAGUCCCUGUGCUCUGUGUUAACGUCUAAACCUCUGAUUUGAAUACUGAACAAGCAUGAACUGAUAUUUGCAGCAGUAAUUUUUCCUCGGUUGUUUGAUCAGCUGAACAGAAAGUGAAUCGUGCUCAAACCCUCUGACGAUGAUAAUCAUUUCCUGUGUGAUGUGACAGAAUCUGGAGGGAAAAACGCUCAUGUCAAACAGAAAAACUCUUAUAAAUCCAUUUUGACUCGAUCUUGUUUGCAUGAUUUCCCCCGACUCACCUCCUCCCUUUUUUUAACGAACAACAGAAUCAGAUCAAAAACCAAAAAGAGGUUGUUACGUAGGAAAUAAAGCUGAGAUCCAGU